UCCCGCAGAGUAACGCACGCGGCUGCGGUAGAACGUGCGGGAGGACUCUCCCAGAGACUACAUCUCCCGGCAUGCAGCGGGAUCGGGUGACGCACGGGAGGGGGCGGGAUUACGCAGUGACACGUGACUCUCGCCGCUGCCGUCGGUUCUACUCUCCCCGGUGUGAGGCCGCGGCCCGGUAACUCGGUUCAUCAUGUCGAUGUCGCACCUUUACGGUAAAGACGAUAACAGCGAUGGGGUGGAAAUGGAAAAGUUUGAGAUCACUGACUGGGAUAUACAGAACGAGUUCAAUCCCAACCGCCGCCGGCACUUUCAGACAAAAGAGGAAGCCAUUUAUGGCCUGUGGGCAGAGCGAGAUUCUGAUGAUGAACGGCCAAGCUUUGGUGGCAAGAAAUCCCGCGACUAUUCCGCCCCUGUGAAUUUUAUCAGCGCUGGGAUCCGGAAGACUGCGGCAGAAGAGAUAUCAGAUAGUGACUCCGAGAGCGAGACGUCUGCAAAGAGAGAGAAUAUACCAAAGGAAUUCGAAACAAAGAAGCUGAAAACGGGCGGCAAUUUUAAACCCUCACAGAAAACAUUUGCUGGAGGAAUCAAGUCAAACAAUGAUUUUGGUUCCUGGGAGCGGCACACCAAAGGGAUAGGCCAGAAACUGCUCCAGAAGAUGGGUUACGUGCCGGGCAGCGGCUUGGGGAAGAAUGCUCAAGGUAUUACCGCUCCCAUCGAGGCCAAACAGAGGAGAGGCAAAGGCGCAGUGGGUGCGUACGGGUCGGAGAGAACCAAGCAGUCACUGCAGGAUUUCCCUGUUGUGGAUUCUGAAGAGGAAGAGGAAAAGGAGUUUCAUAAGGAGAUGAGCCAAUGGAGGAAGGAUCCCGGUGGUAACAAGAGAAAGCCCAAAUAUGCCUACAAGACUGUGGAGGAGCUGAAAGCCAGAGGAAGAGGGGGGAAGCCCAUGUCUGCUCCCCAGAGAGAAAUCUCCCAAGUGAAGGUGAUUGAUAUGACUGGACGGGAGCAGAAAGUAUAUUACAGCUACAGCCAGAUUUCCCACAAGCACAACAUCCCCGGAGAGACGUCUGCACCGGGAGGGAAGGAGGAGAAGCCGCAGGGGUUUGUGCUGCCGGAACUGGAGCACAACCUGCAGCUGCUGAUAGAGCUGACCGAGCAGGAGAUCAUCCAGAACGACCGGCAGCUGCAGUAUGAGCGGGACAUGGUGGUGAACCUCACUCACGAGCUGGAGAAGCUGUCUGAUGUGCUGGGGCGGGAAGAGAAGGCCAUACACAACCUGAGCCAGGUGCUGCAGACCGUGGAGGAGUGCGGAGAGAGGAUGCUGCCAGGCUGCGCCAACCCCCUGACCCUGGACGAGUGCGCGCGCAUUUUCCAGAUGCUGCAGGACAAGUACUAUGAGGAAUACAAAAUGUCAGAGAAGGCUGAUCUGGCGGUGGCUAUUGUCUACCCCCUGAUGAAAGACUUCUUCAAAGACUGGAACCCCUUAAGUGACCCUAUGUACGGAAUUGAUGUUAUGACCAAGUGGAAGGAUCUGCUGGAGGAAGGUCACCUGUCCCACAGCGCGCAAGAUGUAUCCAUGGAUCCCUAUCAUAGACUGCUGUGGGAGAUGUGGAUCCCGUUUCUGAGGAAUAUCAUCUCGCAGUGGCAGCCCCGGAACUGUGCCCCCAUGGUGGACUUUCUGGACUUCUGGGUCCACUUGGUACCAGUCUGGAUUCUAGAUAAUAUACUGGACCAACUUAUUUUCCCAAAGCUACAGAAGGAGGUGGAGAACUGGAACCCUCUGACAGACACAGUACCAAUCCACUCCUGGAUCCACCCCUGGCUGCCGCUGAUGCAGUCCCGGCUAGAGCCGCUCUUCUCUCCGAUCAGGAACAAGUUAGCCAACGCCCUUCAGAAGUGGCACCCCAGCGACUCCUCCGCCAAGCUGAUAUUGCAACCCUGGAAAGAGGUCUUCACACCUGGGUCGUGGGAAGCGUUCAUGGUGAAAAACAUUGUGCCCAAGCUAGGUAUGUGUGUCGGGGAGUUUGCCAUUAAUCCGCACCAGCAGCACAUGGAUGUGUUCCAUUGGGUGAUGGAUUGGGAGGGGAUGGUCUCUCUCUCCAGCCUCGUAGGACUUCUGGAGAAACACUUCUUUCCCAAGUGGCUGCAGGUGUUGUGCUCCUGGCUCAGCAACAAUCCUAACUACGAGGAGAUCACCAAGUGGUACCUGGGCUGGAAGUCCAUGUUCUCUGACCAGGUAUUGGCCCACCCAGGAAUCAAGGACCGCUUUAAUGAGGCGCUGGACAUCAUGAACAGAGCGGUUUCCUCUAAUGUUGGUGCGUAUAUGCAACCCGGCGCCCGGGAAAGUAUAGCCUACCUGACGCAGACAGAGAGGAGGAAGGACUUCCAGUAUGAAGCCAUGCAGGAGCGGCGUGAUGCGGAGAGCAUCGCGCAAAGAGGCAUUGGCGUCUCUGCGGUGCCCAUGAACUUCAAGGACCUAAUCCAGUCCAAAGCGGAGGAACACAACAUUGUCUUCAUGCCCCUGAUUGGCAAACGGCAUGAAGGAAAACAACUCUACAACUUCAACCGCAUUGUCAUCUAUAUAGACAGAGGUGUUGUGUACGUGCAGGGUGAGAAGACUUGGGUGCCAACUUCUUUGCAGAGCCUUAUAGACAUGGCCAAAUAGAUGUUGGUUUGUUGGGGUCCUUAGUGACAUUGUACUCCAACCACCAGGACCACAGGAAUUGUGUACUAGCCACAGUGCUGAGACUGUCACCGCCUGGAAAUACUUGUUCUACAUUGUCUUAUCUGCUCCAUUAAGAGACGAUGGCAUUGCAGGCCGAAUGCAGUAGAGGCCUCAUUCUACGUAAAGACUCCAUUUUGUAUAAAUAAAUGUGCAGGGUUUCUAAGA